UUCUAAUUCAUGAUUUCGUGACAUCACGUAACGACUACGGACAAUUUGCGAUUCUAAUUCGUUAAAGGCACUCGAUACCUCUCGUUUUGAAAUGUCAAAUUAGUCGAGACCACCGGAGAUCCCGAUUAUGGAAAUCUAACCUCAAUUUUUUGAUGAGCGUCCGGCUUUUGCUUAAAAAAAACAUGUCAUUUAAAAUUAAUGAAAACCAUUUACGAGUAUUUGUGGAGUUUAUGGAAGAAAACCCGGAUUUAGCAAGAGGGAGGUUAUCUUGCUCCAAUGCAAAAGAACAAUUUAAGAGAUUAUGGGCAAAACUGGCCAAUAAUCUAAAUUCUCUUGGUUAUGGGACUAGAACUAUAGAAAAAUGGCAAAGGACGUGGUCUGACUAUAAACAGGGACUUAAGAGAAGAGCUGCAGAUAUAAAAAGGGAGCGAAUGAAGACGGGGGGUGGGCCAGCAUAUCCUGAUAUGCUAUCAGAUACUGAUCAAAGAGUUAUCCUUAUUUUGGGAAAAACAUUUUUUGAAGGAUGUGGAGUGGAGGAGAAGGGUUUUGCUCAUGGAAAAUAUUAUCCAGAGGAAGAACCCGUUAGUGGUCCAUCGAGUGCUCCAUCAAGUAUAGUGGAUGCUCGGUUCAAUGGUAGUUUAUACAAUAGUGAAUACACACAGCCCGGACCCUCAAAUAUUUCUAUGCAGAUUCCUACAGAAAAUAAAGCAUUAGAAGAACAAACCAACAAGCCACGACCACAAAAAAGGAGUAUUUCACAACAGCUUCAUGUAGUCGAUCAUGAUUAUUUAGUCACACCAAGAACUAAAAGGCAAAAGGUUACUCCCACAAAUGAAAUCUAUUAUCAAGAGACAAUAAAUCUAUUAAAAAGUAUCGACAGUCAUUUAGAAACCCUAAAUGAAAAAUUAGGCGAUAUAACAGAGGCCAUCAGACAGAGACACUCUUAAAGGAACUUUCACUUUUUAGGGAUGAUAUUCGACCUAACUUUACUCUACAAGACGAAAGAACUUUACUCUAUAACACAAGAUGUCAUUGUCACUACUAGUUGUAGUGACAAUGACAUCUUGUGUUCCUUUCUUAAUAAAAGCAAACUAUUAUUGGUUAUUUUUUUAGCUUUAGAAUAUUUUUUUUAUUUAGAAUGUUGUUUUUGUUUUUACGUUUCUAGCCGCAAUAACAUGUGUUCCUAUAGAGUUAAGGUAAAGUAUUAAUGUGUAUUUUUUCUGCUACAGAAUAUAAAUAAAUCAUAUUUGUUUUUGUA